GUUGUAGUCGUCACAUUUUGGAAUUAAAUCAUCAGGAUGAUUAUAGAAGUAGCCAAGUUCCUGAUCAUUUUAUCCGUACUCCUUUCAGCUGUUGAAGGAGCAAGAUAUCUGGCAGAGCAACCCGACUUCCUAACUUCUUGUGUCGUGGGCGAUGCCAACUUCAAUGUCUGUCUGACCAAAAAUUUCCAGAGUUUCUUCCGGCAGUGGAAGGAUGGAAUUCCCGGCUACAAUGCCGUGGGAUCCUUUGAUCCACUUUACAUCAAGAGGGUGAAAUUUGCCCAGGAUGCCAGCAGAUCGAUAGCUAUCAACGCAGAUCUGAAGGAAGUCUAUGUAGCAGGUGCUGGUCAAGCGUUAGUCUUGGAAUCCAGCUGGGAUCCCAAUCACUAUGUAGCCAAGGUCUUGAUCUCCGUUCCCAAGCUGCGUUUCAAUUUCGAUUACAAAGUCAAAGGACAUGUGGUAGCCCUGAAUCUCAAUGGUCAUGGCAAGGGAUACUUCGAAUCUGAAAAUGCUCUGAUAUUCUUGGAACUGGCUGUCAAGCCGGUAGCCACAUCAGAUGGGUCUUUCGCUGAUGUGCAAAGUGUAAAGGUAAGUUUCCGCGAGAUCCAGCAAUUCCGCAUCCAGCUGGAAAAUCUCUUUGGCGGCAACAAGGAUCUGGAAGAUACUGCCCACACUUUAUUCAACGAAAACUGGCGUGCAUUCUAUGAGGUACUGCGUCCCGCUGUGGAGCAAACAGUUGGCGGAGUGCUCCUGGAUCGUUUCAAGAAGACUUUUGCCUAUGUACCAGCUACCUAUUUGAUUAAAGACUUCCAUUAAAAGCUACGGAGGGGAACACUACCCAUAAUUGCGGACUUGUUAUGCUAUUUUUAUGGGUUCUAGAUCUUUUAAUAUCAAAUAAGUAGUA